GGGGAGGGGGAAUUUGUUGGGUUAGCCGUCAGACAACAUGUUAUGCAGAAUAUCGUAUCGACUUUCAAACUUCAAUUUCAACUUGAAUCUUUCAUUCAACGUUAACAUUUGUUCACCAAACACGAUUCUUGUUAUGUCAAACAACAUCGCCUAAUCACCUGCUGCUCCACCGAACUCCUUCAAGCGAAUUCAUCAAAAUCGCCAAGGCGUUGCGCUCACUAUUCACCUUAAAACGCAACCCUCUCUGCAUUAAGACCUUCAAGUUUUGAGGAUAGAAGAACUUCCUUCGUUGAAGAUAAAGGCAUAAAGCUUCUCUUUGUUCUAUCCAGAGAGAGAUGGGUUGGAGAGGGAUACUGGGGUUUGAAUACGGAAUUGUUCAGGCCCCGUUGGGGCCAGAUAUUUCAGGUCCGGAGCUUGUAGCUAACGUUGCUAAUGCGGGUGGGGUCGGAUUACUCAGAGCUCCCGAUUGGGAGUCACCAGAUUACCUGAGGGAACUUAUAAGGAAGACAAGGUCCUUAACGAACAAACCAUUCGGGGUUGGUGUUGUUCUAGCAUUUCCACAUGAGGAAAAUAUAAAGGCCAUACUAGAUGAAAAGGUUGCAGUAUUACAGGUUUACUGGGGCGAAUUUCCAAGGCAACUUGUACUCGAAGCUCAUCGGGCUGGGGUUAAGGUUAUUCACCAAGUUGGUAGCCUUGAAGAAGCUGAAAAAGCUCUUAGUGCUGGUGUUGAUGCAAUUAUUGUCCAAGGACAUGAAGCAGGGGGACAUGUCAUUGGUCAGGAUGGAUUAAUAACACUGUUGCCAAGAGUAGUUGACAUUGCAGCUAGUCAAGGUGUACCUGUCAUUGCUGCUGGAGGUAUUGUGGACGGACGGGGUUAUGUUGCUGCUUUGGCCCUUGGUGCUCAGGGUGUUUGCCUUGGAACUAGGUUUCUGGCAACAGAGGAAAGCUAUGCUCACCCAACAUACAAACACAUGUUAGUUGAACUAGACAAAACUGAGUAUACAAAUGUAUUUGGCCGUGCAAGAUGGCCUGGUGCGCCUCAUCGUGUCCUGAAAACACCUUUCUUUAGUAAUUUGAGGCCCCUCCUUGAGGAUGAGAAUGAGGUCAGCCAGCCAGUUAUUGGUCAUUCAACAAUACAUGACAUGGGAAAAGAGAUCCGGUUGCUUGCAGGUACUGUUCCAAAUGUAACAACAAUUGGUGAUAUUGAACGAAUGGCCAUGUAUGCUGGUCAAGGUGUGGGCCUCAUCAAGGAGAUUUUACCAGCAGGUGAAGUGAUAAAGAGGUUAGUUGAAGAAGCUCAGGUCUUGAUCGGACAACAAAUUUGUGGACCAAACCCAAUUAAUGGGGCGAAAUAGCCUUCUUGUUAGUUUGGUGAAUCAUUUGUGAACCAUAAGCUUGGUAAAUUAUCGGUACUGAUGACUGAAAUGAAGAAUUUAGAGGUCGGAACUCCACUGAAGGGCUUGUUCAGUGGUAAUAAGUUUUUA